AUGGAUGACUUGGAGCGCUUUGGGGCGCUGUCAAAACAACUGUUUGAGGCAGUUCGGCAAUGGCCUGUGCCUGCACAUGCCGCCACGAAAUGCAAGGAGUUGUUGCGAGCGUUGGAGCACACACAGCGGCGCCUCACGGACGUCGCUGAGCUCUAUGACCACAGAAUAGACUUGCAGCGCCAGAUUCAGGCGCUGCGGAAAGCACAGCAAUCCAGGGAAGAAAAGACGCGCCAGGAAUUGACGAGGUUACGGUCCGUCGAAGCAUCGCUGGAUGAAGUCGUACACCUCUCCAAGAAGAAGUUGGCGCACGUCGAACGGGCAGAACACACCAAUUUGGAUGUGGGUGUGCUGCUGCGGUACGCCCACCUCAUCAGCACUUCAUACGCCACUUCUGCGCCAAAGCACUGGAACGCCGAUGAUCCGCGACGCCCAUAUCCGCAGGAGAUGGAGCUCAACAGUGGCAUCCUCCCCUCCGUCGCCGCAGAGAUGAAGCAGCGGCGAGUGGCGCGAGUAGGCGGUGGCGGUGCGGGUGAUGGGGAAGACGAGGAGCAUGAGGCAACGACAUUCUUCCAGCAGCAGUUGCAGCACCAGCCGUCAGCCGAACCGCCAACAGCAGCGCUGCUACAGCAGCGCACCUCUGCGGAAGAUGAGGAAGGGUUGACUGCAAGUGAAGCUGGGGGCGAAGAGCAAAAGGUCAAGCGAGCAAAGACCGUGGGAUCGUCAACGGAGACAUCAGCAGCGCCAGCCAAAGAUCAGGAGUUUUAUGUGCCGGACGAGUACCUUGAUUCGGAUGAUGAGUCUGGUUCUGACUUUUGAAACAGUGUUGAGUUUGUUCCGCAGCAUCUCCGACCCGUGUCUCCUCUGCACGUCUCCGUUGUGUUGUUCUGCGUUGUGUUGGCGUGUAUUUGUGUACAUAGCAGGAGCCUCUUGUUGCGUUUGUGUCAAAGUAAAACGAACCACGUGGAUAUGAACAUGUGGUGUGCGUAUGUGUGUGUGUGUGUUUAGUUUGGUUUGUGUGCGUGUGAGGCUCACGAGCACGAGAGUGUGCGAGGUAG